AUGCUUCUCCUCCCUCUCUCCAUGUUGCUCCUGCUCACACAGCCCUGGAGAUCUCUGGGAACAGAAAUGAAGGUCUAUUCCCAGAAAAUACUGGCCAACGCCUGUACCCUGGUUGUGUGUAGCCCCCUGGAGGAUGGCUUGCCUGGUCGUGAUGGACAAGAUGGAAAAGAAGGCCCACGAGGGGAGAAGGGAGAUCCAGGGCCUCCAGGCAUGCCUGGUCCAGCUGGGAGAGAGGGCCCCUCAGGGAGACAGGGGAGCAUGGGACCUCCGGGCACACCAGGCCCCAAAGGAGAGACUGGGCCCAAAGGAGAAGCGGGUGCCCCAGGCACGAAGGGCUCCCCAGGCCCCGCAGGUCUCAAAGGAGAGAGAGGUGCCCCCGGGGAGACUGGAGCCCCUGGACGUGCUGGGGCGGCAGGGCCUGCUGGAGCCAUAGGUCCACAGGGGCCUUCAGGUGCCAGGGGCCCCCCAGGACUAAAGGGAGACAGAGGUACUCCUGGAGACAGAGGAGAAAAGGGUGAGAGUGGGCUUACAGAGGUCAAGGCUGUCAGGCAGCAGGUGGCAGUCUUAGAGGGACACCUGCGACGCCUCCAAAAUGCCUUCUCUCAGUAUAAGAAAGCGGUACUCUUCCCUGAUGGCCUGGCUGUCGGGGAGAAGAUCUUCAAGAUGGCAGGUGUUGUAAAAUCAUAUUCAGAUGCCCAGCAAGUCUGCAGAGAGGCUAGGGGACAGCUGGCCUCCCCACACUCUGCAGCCGAGAACGAGGCUGUGACACAGCUGGUCAGAGCACAGAACAAGCAAGCUUACCUGAGCAUGAGUGACAUUUCCACGGAGGGUAGGUUUACCUACCCCACGGGGGAGUCACUGGUCUAUUCCAACUGGGCCAGCGGGGAGCCCAACAACAACAAUGACGGACAACCAGAGAACUGUGUGGAGAUCUAUCCUGAGGGCAAGUGGAAUGACGUAUCCUGCAGUAAGAAACUCCUCGUGAUCUGCGAGUUUUGA